AAAGUCGAAGAACGAAAUCGCAUUACGGCGCCUAAGUUCCGUAUCAAGCAGAGGGAAGAGGUAUCGAGACUCACGUCUCGCACGCAGGAACUAGCACGUGUCCACCGCGAGCUUUCCACUUGCGUAGCCGACUUAUCCCUCGAGGUAUAUGAGCUUAAGAUACAAAUCUUACAGCAGUUGGGGUGUAACUGCCCUCUCAUGCAGAACUACCUCGCCCAUAAGUCCCAACGGUAUGUGAAAGCGUUG